AGUAUCUCCAGAGGCAGUUGGAUUUUUGUCAGCUGUUGGGGUGUUUAUUAUCUUGAUGCUGCUCCUUUUUCUCUAUAUUAAUAAGAAGUUCUGUUUUGAAAAUGUUGGCGGGUUUCCAGAUCUUGGAUCAGGAUAUGAUACAAGGAAGAAUUCACAAGAUAAAAUGUGUAUAGAAUAAAAAACCAGUAGUGUUUGAGGGGAGAAUGCUGUCUUGCUGCUGUUACGAUAGCUGUGCAAUGGGAAAAAUAUUACACUUAAGCCAAGUGGUUUGAUUUUUAAUUUUUUUUCCGGAAGAGUCUUUACUUCAACGUACUUCUUUCAGUACAUGUGCUAUUUACAGAAAGAUUAAAAGCCACAGUGUGAAAUACUAGUAUUGAGCUAUUGAGUAGCAACAUUUAAGUAAGUGUUAGAUCUGGGUUCCAAAGUAAACGCUAUUUUGAGAAAAGAAAAUUCAGUUAUCACAUCUUUUAGGAACAAGGAAAGAGAAAAUGGCAUUUUUCAGAACUUUUCAGCAGAAUCUGCCUUCAGUGUCCUCCCUGGUGGACACAAUCAGCACUGCUGUCGAAGACCUGACCGCUGCUGUUGGGGAGGCCGGCUAUGCCUUGACUGACUCGGUUGCUGAGCAGGUGUCGAGUGUGAUAAGUGGCCUUCUCCCAGAGGGAAGCGUGGCAGCGGAAGAGGCUGUGGACACUUCUGAGUUAAAAGAUGCCGUGUUACCGGUUGUCUCCAAAAGCACUGCUUACCAGAAAACGCAGUCCAACGGAGGACACAGUGCAAAGCCAAUAAAUAGCUAUAAUGCUGCAGCUUCACAGAAACAAGAAGGAGGAUUGCAGGAAGAAAGAUUGCUUACACACGUGAAUGAUAGGCAACAGACUCUGUCAGAAUACCGGGAAAUCACUAAUGCUGGUGAUUCUUCUCUGAAAAGCCACUGGAGUAAUAGUGGGAUAUCAGGAACCAAGCAGGAGCCAAGGGCUGGGUCAGCUUGUCAUGACCUUGAAAGUCCUGACAAAUGUAAAAUAAUUGGUUUAGAAAUCUCCAGUCAUGGUAAAAACGAUGUGCAGGAGGCAAGAUACCAGGGAAUGAAAAGAAAUGAGAAUACCUCCAAUGGAAUGAACAUACUGUAUGAGGGAAAGAAAUACAUUGCUACAGAUAAUCAUAAAAUAGAAUUUCAGCCCGUGCUUGUGGGAGGAGAUCAUGAGAAAAUGGGGCAUUUCAAUGAAAAUAAAAAUCUUGAUGUGGGGCAUUCUGAUCAUCUAAAGAAAGCUGAAAAACAAAUCAAAAGUAAAGGAUUUAAAGGGAGUGUGUGUUCAGGAAAUGAAUGUUCGCCAAAAGAUGUUUUGACAAGCAAGAGAAAUAGGCUGCAGAAAUCCAGUAUGAAAGAAGAUCUAUACCCAGCGCCAUCAAUUAAUUCUAAAGAUGAGUUUCCUGGAAAAGUCAACAGACAGAUGAAUCCAACAACAUCCCACACAGUGAGAAGAGACAAACAGACAAACAAAAAAGAAGCCAGUGCUGGCGAGAAAGGGCCAACAAAGAGUAAAGUUGAAAAGUAUUCUAAGAUAAUACCAGAAAAAGACAACUACGUGGCCGGAGGUGGGCCCGGCUCCUCCUCAGAGAGCGAAGAUGAAGCGCUGGGUAAAUAUCACGAGGCCUUGUCCAGAAGGCGCAAUUCUGGCCUCGCCCCGGGGGGCUCCAGGCCGCAGAGCUACGCUUGGGAAACCAGGCAGAAGUACAGCCCGCUGUGUGCGGAGCAGGACGGGUACAGCAGCGAGGCGUCGGUGGACGGAGGAAACUGCAUUCAGAGAAUGAGAAGAACGCCCCCGCUGGACGAGCUGCAGCCGCCGCCGUAUCAGGAUGACAGUGGGUCCCCUCACCUCUCCUGCACGCCCUCGGAGGUGGGGGACAGUAAGUGCGAGUUUCCCCACUGCAGCAACAGUCCGAGAUGCUCAUAUAACAAGUGCCCGAGUGAAGGAAGCACAGGCCGUGAAGUAGAGAGUUUCCAUAAUAAAGGAUUUGAAGAAGAUGUCCCAAGCGACAGCACCGCCGUCCUGAGCCCGGAAGAUAUGUCAGCUCAAGGAUCAUCUUCACAGCUUCCCAAACCUUUUGACCCUGAGCCAGAAGCUAAAUACGGCACCCUGGAUGUGACUUUCGACUAUGACUCACAAGAACAGAAGCUUUUGGUAACAGUGACAGCUGUCACAGACAUCCCAGCAUAUAACAGGGCAGGUGGCAACUCGUGGCAAGUACACCUUGUUCUUCUACCUAUAAAGAAACAGCGAGCAAAAACCAGCAUCCAAAGAGGACCAUGCCCUGUCUUCACAGAAACAUUCAAAUUUAAUCACGUCGAGUCUGAGAUGAUUGGAAAUUAUGCAGUUCGCUUUCGACUGUAUGGUGUGCAUCGCAUGAAAAAGGAAAAGAUUGUGGGGGAAAAGAUUUUUUACUUAACAAAAUUGAAUCUUCAAGGGAAAAUGUCAUUACCUGUGACAUUGGAACCGUCUUACAAUCAUUCCGGCUGUGACUCCCAAGCGAGUGCGUCAGAGGUGUCCUGCAGCGAGAGCGUGACCUCCUGUCAGUCUCUGGAACGUGGCUCCGUUCCAGAGAUUCUCAUUGGCCUGCUUUACAACGCCACCACGGGAAGGUUGUCUGCAGAAGUGAUAAAAGGCAGCCACUUCAAAAACCUGGCAGCAAACAGACCACCCAAUACAUAUGUUAAGUUAACUCUGCUGAACUCCAUGGGUCAAGAGAUGUCCAAAUGCAAAACGUCCAUCCGCAGAGGGCAGCCAAAUCCAGUGUACAAGGAAACUUUCGUGUUCCAAGUGGCCCUUUUCCAGCUGUCUGAUGUAACGCUUAUCCUGUCUGUGUAUAACAAGCGCAGCAUGAAGAGGAAAGAGAUGAUAGGCUGGAUCUCUCUGGGUCUGAACAGCUCAGGGGAGGAGGAGCUCAGUCACUGGACUGAGAUGAAGGAGUCCAAAGGCCAGCAGGUGUGCAGGUGGCACGCGUUACUGGAGUCCUGACGGCUGGGUGGGGCGGGCGUCCCCCGGGCAGGCUGUCGGCGGACCCCGCACUGUUGUGCUCACCUGGCCACCACCAGAAGAGCUCGUUCGGAGAGUCCUGUCCAGCGUUCUGCCAAAGGCUUUAAACUCCGUGGGAAGAGCAUCAGCUGCUGACCCAAAUGAGUGCCCUGGGUGGUGGAGCCGGCUGACAAAACUGAGAAAGGACGUUACUGUUGAACAAACAGUCCUCCAGGGAUUUAACAGCUCACUUUUGAUUUGAGGUUACUUUUACUUUAGCAAAACAGCCAGCAAUUUCAUGGGAGAUUAUAUGAUUUGGGUUAUAACACUAUUUUAGUAUCACCCUUCAUAGCAUCUGUAAAACGUAUUUUGACUGGCAGGUCCCUGGUGUUUCUAAGGGGAAGGAGAUCACCAUGCUAUCUGAUGGUGAAGGGUUUCAAUCACAUAGAAAAUUGUUUUUAUUUCUGAUAAAAUUUUUUUUUGUACCCUUAGUUUUAUUGUGUCUCAUUUCCUUUCCAUAGCACAAAAUCUAAGUGGAAGCACGCAUUCAUUUUCAUAAAGGAAUUUUUAAGGUGUUUUUAAGUUUAUGUCUUCAUUUGCCUCUGCUUUUCUCCAAAGAGACCAAGUCAAGUCCUGGUCCCUUGCAAGUCUUUUAGACAGGUUGUACUGUAGAACUAUGGAACUUCCCAUUGGAAGCACCUCCUGUAUUCUUGUAUUCCAGUGUAGGAAGCCAGUAGAGGCCUACUUUGAUUUAGAAUUUCUUCCAUGAUUGACUCUUUACAAUUGUAGCAAUGUGGGAAAAAAAUGAAGCAAACUGGAAAAUACAGUAGAUAAGCUGUUGAAAAUUGAAAACAAUUCCAGUUAAAGAAAACUUUAUCUGGUCUGAGUGUUUAACACUGCAAAAUCUAAGUAAGAAGCUCUUCUUUAAAUCUUCAUUAAACUGAAGAAUUUAUAUUGUGAUGUGAAGACUCCAGCUCUCAGUCUGAUUCAGAAGAUCAAGUUAGAAACAGUUCUGAGAUUCCUUACAAAGUUUCCAGUGACUUGUGACUCGAUUUUAAGAACUUUACAGAUAAUGUUCUUUAACGUGAUGUCAUCUGUGCCUUUCCUGUACGUGAAAUUUGCUCAUACAGCUUGGUGGUUGUAUUUGCAAAAUUCGGCCUUUGAUUUUUAUAAAUGUAAAGAUUCCUCAGAACAGUGUCACCAGACCUUUAGUUCCUGGAAAGUAUGCGAUUGUAUAAUGUACUAAUUUUUUUAAUGGCAAAGCACUUUCAUUUGUUGUUUUUAUAUUUAGGAACUGAUUAAUCAGGAAUAUUAUAAGCUAUUUUCUUUUUAAUUUUGCUUCUUACCUAUUAUAUAAUUUUAUCCACAUACUUUAUUAGAGUGCAUUUUAUAUAUAUGAAAGACGUUUUCUUUUUUUUCUCAUUUCUAGUUAAACUAGACAAAAAUGUACUACUUACCAAUUACUAAAAAGUAGUGUAUCAUUUUUCCUAGUCCCAGUUAAGUACUAUAUAUUAUGCAAGCUAGAACUUCUUAUUGUCAUAAUAACAAAACCAUGCAUAGAUAUUAUUACUUCAGCUUGGCUCUAUUGAAAGGCCUUAAAAGAAUCCCAAAAGACCAUUAACUCCUAUAAUUUUUAGUUUAACAAAGGGCAGCUCUGUGGUUUCAUACACAUGAGUUAUAAGGAAAGAUGGAAAUGGCACCAUGAACCUUAAGAAUGUAUGCUACAGAGUUGCAUUUAAGUUGAAUGAAAAUUCAUCCUUCGUUGUUAUAUCAAUGAGAUUUUUCUAGGAUUUCUUUAUUAAUGAGUUGGGUUAUCGAGUUAGAACAUGAAUUGGAUAGUAAAAUACCUCACUUAAGUAUUAAGAGGGCAUGUAGCUUUAACUGGGAAACCAGAUUUAGGCACUUCACGACAUGGUUACCUUUCCUGUCUUUCAAACAACUGUCUGCAUUGUCAACAACUGGUGUCUUCCUCAUAACAAGCAUUACCAUCUUAUUUGUGGCUGUCACAAAGCUUAAUCAAAUGCAUUAUGAAGACCAUGUUGGUGCUUUCACCUUUAAUGAGAAAAAGACUUUAACUGUUAUUUGUUAAAUCUACCUUUCUUCAGACUAUGCCUCUAGCUGUGUGUGUGAUUUGACGUACUCUUAGGGAUUCAUCACAUAUGAGUAUGAAAACUUUCAUGGCCUAAAAGAAUCAAAUUUUUAAAAAAAUUUCAGGAAACACCCUCCUUCCACCCAACCCUCAAGUCCUCAAAGAUUAUAAAUUCUCUGUGUGUGUAUCUGUUGUCACAGUUGUACCUGCAUUUCACACACAAUAUAUUUAUGUCCAUGUAUGAUAUGGAUCUGUAAAGGCUUUUUCAGAUAACUGAAUAGAAAAACAUUUGUUGAGUUUAUAGAUUAUGUUUCUCCUGUCAUACGAUUACUAGAUACUAUGUUUGGUUUUAGGUGCUAUUUGCUUCCAUUUUCCUCCAUACACAGCAAAAUAUACAUCUUUCUUUCCCCCUGGGCAUUGACACAACUUAGAGUAAUUAGAGUAAAAUGGUCUUUUUUCCUUUAGAAAAACGUUAAAUAGGUUCAGGAGACCCACUCGGCUCUCCUUAAUCUAGUGUAUGAGACAGUGCUGAUGUUUUUUGUGUGCUUGAAUUCAUACAAAAUCUUAAGGGCAAAACCUUGUAUCUCAGUAAUUCUGGCAAAUAGGGGCCCACUGGGCAGACGGUGUUGACCCAGAAACUUGAGAAAGACAGCUCACUUUCUUGUUCUGCCAGAGUCCCCUAAACCUUAUGUCCGAUGACCCAAACAUGGCAGCCCGUGGCGCUUGCAGGUCUCCUCCUGGAAUUGCGCCCUUGCAAUGGAGCUGCAGAGUGUCGGUGUUCGUUACUGCCCACGAGACAGAGUAGAUUUCAAAUCAGUAGACAAGUUUCUUAGUGUAGUAGUAUCCUCCCUGUCAGAAGUCCUCACGUACUAUCCACAUUUUGUUUGAAGCCAUUUGCAUAUUAUCAUACACAUUCAGUGGCUCAACAGUGUUGUGUCUGACAAAAAUAAUAAAUUGGACCACAAUUUUAAAAAGACAAGCCCGAGUUCGAUCCCUGGUACCAAAAUAAAAAUAAAAUUAAGAAUAAAGAGAAGCCAAUGGAAAACCAUCUAAACCACCCUGAUUAAGCUACACAUUUUAACUCCAGGCCUAGAAGGGCAGCUGUAUCAGCCUGUGCAGAUGCCUGGGCUGUAUAUUAAGUCACUGGUUUCCUUUCUUGGAUCGGGGAAUCCACACCAGCGGGAGAGGGAAUAGAAUGGAUGGUGUCUCCAGAAGGAAGGCAGACGGGGAGGCCAGGUGCCAUCACGGUGAAAUAACUUUAGGUGAACUGAAAAAUAGGUAGGCUUCGCAAAAUAUACACCCUGGAUGCCACGAGAACAGUCCCUGUUCAGAUAUGAAUAGAAAUACAGAUCUGUUCACAUAAAAUUACUGCUUACCUACAUAGACUAGACAGUUUAUAGGGAAAUUCACAUUGAUAGUUAUUAGCCACAAGUUUCAUUUCUUGUUUUCUUUCCAGUCCUCAUUCAUCUGUGACUGACACUGGAAGUAGGCAUCACUGUCAUUAUCACAAACCAAACUUAUUUUUGAGCACAAGUUUAAGCAUGAUUCAAAGCAUUUUUAAAACAAAUUUUAGAACAUCAUCGGCACCCUUCAAAUGUGUAACAAGGCUGAUGUAAUAGCUACAAUUUACUAACGACCUAGGACAAUGAUUUAUUAUUUUGACCCCACAGCACUCUAUGAGAUAUUAUCAGCAUUUAUCAGUGAAGAAGUUGUGGUAAAGCAAGGCCAAGCAGACUUUCCUAAGUCAUGCACUCUGUAACUGAUAGAACCGGGGCGAGAACCCAGGUACACAUAAUUCUGAAACCCAGACUGCACACAUUACAGCUGCAAAAAAAAAAAGGAACAACAUUUAUUGUAUCAGUAACUGAAUGUCAGAAUGAGGUGAGAAUUUGUUUUCUUCUCAGAACACAAAUAGUACUUUUGUGUCGUACUUUGUAAUGAUUUUUACUUUUGAAGAUUUGGAGGUAAUUCACCCUGUUCUGCUUUUUGACCACUUUGGGGAAUACGAGGUAUUUCAAUCGUACCCUGCGAAGAGGACAGCUGUUUCCCCUGGACCACUUUGCACGCCGCCAGUGGUGAGGAGGGACUGGCCUCCUCUACUUACCGCAGCCCACAGCUCUGUUAGGGUUCUCUAAGAUCUGGCAGGAACUGCAGCCAGGUUUGCUGCAUAGCUCUCUUUCCCCUUGCGUAGCAGUGCCUCAUCCUGUUGUCUGUCUGUGCCCUGCUGGUCACAGUAAGCCCACAAUAUUGAAUCGAACUAAAUUCUUUAUGGAAGAAAUCUGUAAUCUUGUUAGGUAAGUUCCAUUGUGUAUGAAUCUGUUUUCUGCAUGGAUUCGUUUUCCUUCAUUUCAUGUAGAUUUAUAAGCGGACCAGCUGUGCACCAUGUGCUGUUCUAGGGACUACAGAUCAGAGGUAUGAGAUUGGUUGGAGUCUUUGCCCUUUGGGGGCUGUGCUCUAAGGUGGGGAGGAGCCAGAGUGGUGUGAUUUCACUGUAGCGUAGCGAGGUGUUAACACGAAGUGUGCAGAGAGCACUGUUGGCUUUAUUAGAAAAGUACAACAUGGAAUUCGGAAAAAUCUUCCUGGAGGAAAUAACACCUGUGUUGGAACUUAACGAAUGAGUAUGAGUCAGGCUCCCAUCAAACUCCAGGACGAAAUAUAAAAUAGUUCCCAAAGAAGGGUAAGUUAAAGAAUUAUCUUGAGUGCUUAAUUUGUAUUUGAAAACUCCACCUGCAAAGAUUUAUUCCACCUGGAAGGAAGGCCCGGAAUCUAGAUUUUGUUUAGCUCCUCGCUCAGGAAAUCUUGUCUGAGAGGAACAGGCAGAGUUAUGUACAUAGAAUCAUCGAUCGCGAUGUUUUGUUGCCUACAGAUUAAGCCUUUUAAGUGUGAGCGAUGAAAGGGUUAAGACUGAGGUUAGUGCUGCUGAUCAUUUUCUUGUGCUUCCUUAAAAAGAAAUAUCGUGGAAAAAUUAAGAUGAGUGCCUGUCCAUUUACAUUCAGGAUAACAAAAUGUCCCUUGGUGUAGUAAACAUAUUAUAUUGGUUUUAUGAUUCUGGAGCAUUUCAUUCAUUUAUGCAAAUACUUCCCACUGAAUUGUCUUUACAGUGAUAGAUACAAGGCUAAGCAUCUGUGGAGGUAUGUAAGUAGUGCUCUCCGUGCGCCCUGUAAGUGCAGUUGGCCUGGCCUCUUAAGCACGCGUACAAUGGCAGUGGUAGGCAGUGGUUCGUAUUUUGGUGUGCAGCCAGCCUUCUGCUCCUCCUCCCAAGCUGUCUCCCUUGUCUCGUGCUGUCAGAUAAGCGGUCAUUUUACCACUUCUGCUCUGGUCUCUGUUUUGAUUGCCUUGUUCUUCCUCAGGGUUCUUUCUGUCCAACAGCAACAGAUACAGUAGUCUCACCUCCCCUGAAGAUAAGUGCCGUGGAUAAGCACAUCAGAGUUUCUAUUUCCCCUCAUCUCAGUGUGGCCACGGUUCCAUCCCUCAUAGAAUACUUUGCAUUACACUUUGAAAGCUCUUUCCCCCCACGAAGAUCUGUAAUAAGCACACUAAGAAGAGAGUUUAUCCGUGUUUUUCAAAUCAUACUGCUGUGGAAGUAGGCUGCUUUGUGACUGCUGAUGUAUUAGUGCUUAAUCUAGUCAUAGUUUGAGGUUAGAUUAAUAUCUUAAAGUGAUAGAGUUUGACAGGCUAGGAUAAUCAGUUAAUUAUAAAAAUGGAUGUUUUCUUUUCCUCCCUAGACUGGUAUGGAUCUUUUGUUAAGUAGCAUUUGUUUCUUUCUUCCUCCCUGCCUUUUCCCUCUAAUUCCUACAUGCAAACACUGGACCCCAGCUGAGCAGGACCAAUACAGGAGGGAUACUUUGACCCUUCUGCCUUACACAUGGAUCGGACAGUGUGAGGACAGAGAGGCAGCCUCAGAGAGCACAGAGCGAGCAGCAGUACCUCCCACCGCACAAGGCCCACUGCAGACACUGUCGCUGUGUCAUCUUGGAUGUUGUAUGGGCUGGAGCACAGAGCGAGGCUGACUCGGCCUGCCAAAAUGCAGGGCAUGGUUUUAUUGUAGAAUUUCAACCUCUUAGAACGUGAAAAUUUCUAAAUAAUUAUGAGAACAAAGUCACUGCUGUGCCGGUAGCUGGACGUUGUGUUUGACAUGAUUUCACGAUCAACUUGAUAAUCUCAAUCUUAAACUGGUUUAUUUUAGGGCCCUUGCUUUAUUAUUCUGAUUAUCAGUAAACAUAGUUUGGUAUUAUCUGAUAUUUGAGUGUGUCUUUUAAGUAUUCAAGACUACUUUUAAAAAGAAAAGCCUUAACACCUUUCUGUUGACUUCUUUGACAUGUGGUCUUUCAUCUGCCAGUGUGUUUAAAAUGAAUACCAAAGAGAUGACACACAAUAUUCCAUUAUACUGAAAAAUAACUUUCCAAAACUGUGUAUUAUGAUUUGUCAAUUUUAAGCAUGUAUAUUCAGAUGUCACUCAUCUUCAUUUCUAUAAACAGUUAAAUGUGAUUUUGGUUUAAUAAUAGGAAUUUCCCCCUUGUCUUUCUCUUCGCCGUCCACAUGUGGUUGAAGGCAGAUGCCUGGACCUCAUUGAAGCCUUCCCUUGUCAGCUGCUCAAUGUGCCCGCCUGCCCGGCCGCAGAGUUGCUAGUAUGACCAAACCGUUCACCUCCUCAAGGCAUUUAUACUCAUCCCUGCCCAGAACCUGUAUUAACAGGCAUAUAGAAGCCCCGGGGGGGAAAGGCCCCUCCCGGGCGGCCUUGGCCCUCUGAGCCCUGACACGGGUGGCACCUGGUACCUGCCUGGCUUCAGUCAGCGAAGCCCUGGCCCAGCUUGCGAACGCAGAGCCGCAGUCCGGAUGUCUCAGUGUCUCCUCUUGAUGCCCCUCGCCCUCCCUUGAGCUAGCACAUUCUCUAUUUCAGAUUUUGUGAGAAGGGGUUUAAAACCUCUAAGUUUUAUAAUUUCACGUAUUUCUUUAAACAGACAAUUUUUAAAAAUAGAAAACAAAUAAAUUGAAAUAAAUGCCAUAGAGUCCUGGGGGAUGUUCUAUUUAGGGCAGUCUUUUUCAGAUAAAUAUUGAGAAAAUUCACAAUAUUCUGUCAUUAUAUCUGAGUUGUUUGAGGAGAGACCAGGGUAGCUUUGGCCCAUAAAUUGGCUUUAUUUAAGUAUUUAAGUGUAUUUGAAUAAUUAUUUGAAGCACAGCUAGAAAUUAAUGGUGAUACUUCCAAAGACAUUUUGAUGUCAUAUAUAUAACUAAGUUUACCAAUGGAAAAACUCUAGUAGUGACUUGCAUUUAAAAAUUACUCUAUUAUGUUUUUGCAUAAUUUAUUAAAAUAAAAUAACCUUUGCUUUUGUGAUGAACAUAGUGGCGACAGUUUUGAGGAAUCUUUAAAACUGACAUAAAAAUAUAGCCACAUUUUGGCUAGAUUUUGCUAGAAUUUUGAAAUAAGAAAGUAUGUAAGUAUUACUUUUCGGUUAUAUUAGUCUUGAAGAAUAGUUAUUAUAUGAAUUUUAAGAGUCUUGAACUUGUUGGGAUCUAUUCUUUUUCUAAAACUCAAGAGGCUCAUUACUGCUCAAUACUCUUGCAUUGUGCUUUAUUUCUCAAAAUAAUGUAAUUUUUAUAAAAACUCAAUUAGUGGAAUCUUUUAUUCAGUAUUUCCUUACUCUGUCUUCUCCCUCCCUCCUUCCAUCCUGUACCCCCUUCCUAUUUCUUUCAUUUUUCUGAGGCAAGAAGCUUCCUUAAUAGUAUAGUUUCUACAGAGCUUUCCUACUUAUUUUUCUAAUAAUGGAUAUAACAGUGCGAUGAAGUUUAAAUGCUCUGUGAGCAAAAUUCUACCACACAACUUGACGAAGUACAUUGCUGUGGUCUCGAACUGUCUCCAGCAUAUUUGGUAGUGAUUCUAAACCAUUAAUGGACCUUACUAACACACACGAGUGUCUGUGGUUACCAACAGUGUUGUGCUAUUGUCACAUAUUAAUUUGCCUAUUUGGUCAAAAACAUAAACAGAGUGCAUAAGCAGUCCAUGUUAUAGAAUGAGCAUAUAUCUGAUUGUUUUCAUGUAAUUGAAAAUGUGCUGUGUGUUGCAUUUUAUUCUCAUUCCUCCUUUUCUAUGAUCUAUACACCGAUUGUCUCGGUGCCUUUUUCCUUUUGUAUAAUUAUAUUAUAUAAAGAAAUUGCUGACCUCUGUGUAAACAAUGUAAAAAAUGUUAAAACUACUAUUCCAAGGAGAUUUUAAUGCCAGUUUAAUUUUCCAGAGAAUAAAUUUUGUGUGAGUUAAAAAUUA